GAGCCCAGGGGCGCGCUCUACCUAAUCAAGACCCCACCCCUCUUUCCCUUUAGUGACAAUUGACAGCGACCUCGUGCAAUGGCCCCUCCGGCUCCAACAGGAGACUCUGCCUGUUGGUAGUGAAUGAACCAAUUAGACUGGGAAAAAAAGAAGAAACGCCCCAGGUUUCACUCUUGCUUGACAGACGCAAUUGAGGCCAUCCUCGAGUCCCUCCGCCCCCUAGUCCAGUCAGGCCGGCGAUGGACAGACCUUCUACCCAAUAGCACGUCCGUUUUUUGCCGCUGGGUACCUCCCCCUUGAGAGCUAAGCCAAUGAGCGCACCGGGUCUCGGCGGGGUGGAGGGGUUGCACUGCGGUAAUAUGGCUCUUCCUUAGCCAGCGGCGGCGGCAGCGGCAGCGGCCAGUGUUGGGAAGGAGCAGUCCUGCCUCUUGGGUGGCGGGUUUGUAGGCUGCCGGAGCUCGGCGGGUGGAGGGUAGGAGGCGGCGGCCGAUGCCGGUGGAGCGCCCGCCCCGCCGUUUGGCGGACCCUGGAUCGAGAUGAGCGCCUCCGCGUCGGUCGGGGGCCCGGUCCCCCCGCCACCCCCGGGCCCAGCCUCGGCGCUGCCUCCGGGUUCUGCUGCGCGGGCCCUGCAUGUGGAGCUACCGUCUCAGCAGAGUCUUGCUCUGUCACCAGGCUGAAGUGCAGUGGUGCAGUCUCGGCUCACUGCAGCCUCCACUUCCAGGGUUCAAGCGAUUCUCCUGCCUCAUGCAGCCUCCUGAGUUGCUGGAAUUUCAGCGGCGUCUUCGGCAUCUUCGGAACAUUGCUGCCCGGAACAUUGUUAAUAGAAAUGGCCAUCAGCUCCUUGAUACCUACUUUACACUUCACUUGUGUAGUUCUGAAAAGGUUUAUAAAGAAUUUUAUAGAAGUGAAGUGAUUAAGAAUUCCUUGAAUCCAACGUGGCGGAGUCUCGAUUUUGGAAUUAUGCCAGACCGUCUUGAUACAUCUGUGUCUUGUUUCGUGGUGAAGAUAUGGGGUGGAAGGGAGAACGUCUACCAGCUGUUGAUUGAAUGGAAAGUCUGUUUGGAUGGGCUGAAAUACUUGGGUCAGCAGAUUCAUGCCCGAAACCAAAAUGAAAUAAUUUUUGGGCUGAAUGACGGCUACUAUGGUGCUCCAUUUGAACAUAAGGGUUAUUCAGUUGCUCAGAAGAAUAUUCUGCAGGUGGAUCAGAAUUGUGUUCGCAAUUCUUAUGAUGUCUUCUCUUUGCUACGGCUUCAUAGAGCCCAGUGUGCAAUUAAACAGACUCAGGUAACUGUUCAGAAAAUUGGAAAGGAAAUUGAAGAAAAACUACGACUGACAUCAACAAACAAUGAGCUGAAAAAAAAAAGUGAAUGCCUCCAAUUAAAAAUUUUGGUGCUUCAAAAUGAACUGGAACGGCAGAAGAAAGCUUUGGGACGGGAGGUGGCAUUACUGCAUAAGCAGCAAAUUGCAUUACAGGACAAAGGAAGUGCAUUUUCAGCUGAGCACCUCAAACUUCAACUCCAGAAGGAAUCCCUAAAUGAGUUGAGGAAGGAGUGCACUGCAAAAAGAGAACUCUUUUUGAAGACUAAUGCUCAGUUGACAAUUCGUUGCAGACAAUUACUCUCUGAGCUUUCCUACAUUUACCCUAUUGAUUUGAAUGAGCAUAAGGAUUACUUUGUGUGCAGUGUCAAGUUGCCUAAUUCUGAGGACUUCCAAGCAAAGGAUGAUGGAAGCAUUGCUGUUGCCCUUGGUUAUACUGCACAUUUGGUCUCCAUGAUUUCCUUUUUCCUGCAAGUGCCCCUCAGAUAUCCUAUAAUUCAUAAAGGGUCUAGAUCAACAAUCAAAGACAAUAUCAAUGACAAGCUGACGGAAAAGGAGAGAGAGUUUCCACUGUAUCCAAAAGGAGGGGAGAAGUUGCAAUUUGAUUAUGGUGUCUAUCUUCUGAACAAAAAUAUAGCACAGCUAAGAUAUCAGCACGGACUAGGGACUCCAGACUUGCGGCAAACCCUUCCCAACCUGAAAAACUUCAUGGAACAUGGACUCAUGGUCAGGUGUCAGGAUGAAGAGAACAGCUGGCCAACAUCCUUUGUGCACUAACCUUCUACUGACGACUGAAAGGCACCUGGGUCCCCCACGCCACCUCUCCCCUCUUCCAGCAACCAAGUCUCUGAACCAAAUUGAGAUCUCUGUACUCGUUUUUACUUGGGUCUUCUGUAUUUCUGUUUACGCCUUUUGAUUAUAAAGUAGUAUGUGCCCAAUGAAUAAAAUUUGAAAGUUUAAAAAAUACACAGAAGGGAAACAAUAGCCCCAUAAUUCAGGCACAAAAAAAAUCACUGCUGUGUUAGUCAGUUUUCUUUGUAUUUCUUUUCUAAUUCAGAUCUUGCCAUCUGUACCAACACCUUUCAAUAGAAAUAGAGUAUGAGCCAUACAUAUGCAUUUAAAUAUUCUGACAGUCAAUUUUUAAAAAGGUAAAAAGAAACAGGUAAGCUAAUUUAAAUAGUAUAUUUUAUUUAAUUCAGAUAAAAUCCAAGUUAUAUAUCCAAAAUAUCUUGUAGACAUGUCACGAACAUUUUAAAGAUUAUUAAUAAAAUAUUUUGCGUUCUCUUUUUUCAUACUAAGCCUUCUGAAUCCAGUUUACACUUACAGCACAUCUCAAGUCAGACUAACCACAUUUCAAGUUCAGUGGCAAGUUUCUAGUAGUCAUAUUGGACAGGACAGUCCUUACAGUCUUUUUGUAUAAUGUCAUAUCUUAACUAUUUUAUCAAUGCCCUUAAAAACUUUUUAGCAUCAUGUUUAAUGGCUAUAGUAUUUCAUCAUUUAGACUUACUAUAACAAUAUAUUGAGGCAGUUCUGUUUUUCUCAACACAUUGCCAAAAAACAUCACCUAAGUGUUUUCAUUUUGCACACAACUAAUUAAAUUCAUUUAUACAUAAAACAAGUAUAUCCACUGAGUAUCUGUGUGCUCUGUACUAAGUUAUCUUGGAAAGUGGAGGAGUGGGUUUCCAGAAAUAAAGACUAGAUUCCUCCCAUAUGCUGUUUACAAGGCUUGGCUUCACAGUUGAACUGCACACAAAUACUGUAUUUUAUUCUGCCUUAAAUGCCCUUCCCUUCAUUUCUUGCUCUGCCCUACCCCCAAUACAUACACACUCUGCCUGGUUAGCUCCCACUUAUCCUUCAAGGUGCCAAUCAGAUCUCACCUCCUCUGAUAAGUCUUCCCGCUGAUUACUGACUCCCUUCUUCAUUGUAAUACACAAAGUGUAUUUCAGAGCACCGUGGUCUUCUGGUUAUUGGUUCACUCUCUGUCUUAUUAGAGUGGGAACUCCUUAAUGAUAGGAACCUUAUUUUAUACAUCUCUUUAUUUCCAGAACCUCAAAAACUGUCAAGCAAUGAAAUAUGUGUUGAAAUGCAAGUGAUGACAUUAAGGAUCAUUUGGAUGGUAAAAUAACAAGUACUACCUUCAGAGUUCUAAGAGAUCACUUUAGAUUGGCAUGGUUAAAGAAGGGAUGAAUAAAGGAGUUAAAGGAAUGAAGGCAUUAAUGAAAGAGUUAAAGAAAUGAAGGAAUUAAGAAUGGAAGCGUUAAAUAAAUGAGUUAAAGAAUGAAUGGGACCAGGUACAUUGGCUCAGCACUUCGGGAGGCUGAGGCAGGUAGAUCACCUGAGGUCAGGAGUGAGACCAGCCUGACUAAUAUAGUGAAAAUCUGUCUCUACUAAAUACAGAAAAUUAGCUGGGGUGGCACAUGCCUGUAAUUCCGGCUACUUGGGAUGCUGAGGCAGAAGAAUCACUUGAACCUGGGAAGUGGAUGUUGCAGUGAGCCGAGAUUGUGCCAUUACACACACAUAUGGGCAACAAGAGCUAAACUCCGUCUCAAGGGGAAAAAAAUGAAUGAAUAAAUGAGGCCGGAUAUGGUAGUUCACACCUAUAAUCCCAGCACUUUGGGAGGCCAAGGCGGGUGGAUCACUUGAAGGUCAGGAGUUCAAGACCAGCCUGACCAACUUGGUGAAACCCCAUCUCUACUAAAAAUACAACAAUUAGCCAGGCAUGUUAGUGCGUACCUGUAAUCCCAGCUACUUGGGAGGCUGAGGCACAAAAAUCACUUGAACCUGAGAGGUAGAGGUUGCAGUGAGCCAAGAUUGCACCACUGUACUCAAGCCGGAGCAAAAAGAGUGAGACUUCAUCUUAAAAAAAAAAAAAAAAUGAAUGAAUGAAAGGAUGAGUUAGGACUCGAAUUGGGUUUCAGAAGAUGGGCAUACUUAAAUGAAUUGGAGAGGGAUUAGUACAAAAGUCACUGAGAUAUGUGUACUAAAAAGCAGUUUUUCAGUAGGCGUUCUUUAACACUGGGGUCCCCAAUCCUCCUCCAGCAUGGACCAGUAGCUGUCCAUGACCUAUUAGGAACUGGGCCUCAUAGUAGGAGGUGAGCAGAGGGCAAGCUAGCAUUACCCCUGAGCUCUGCCUCCUGUCAGAUCAGCAGCAGCAUUAGAUUCUCAUAGGAGCACAAACCCUAUUGUGAAGUGCACAUGUAAGGGAUCUAGGUAGUGUGCUCCUUAUGAGAAGCUAAUGCCUGAUGAUCUGAGAUGGAAUGGUUUCAUACAGCCACCUGCCCCGGUCCAUGGAAAAACUGCCUUCCAUGAAACCAGUCCCUUGUGCCAAAAAGGUUGGGGACCCCUACUUUAGCAUAGGUUGAUAAGUAUCAAUAAAUAAGCAUCCUUCUGGAUCCAGUGCACUGUAGUAAGUUGCAAGAAGGUUUAGUGAUGUGAUCUUUGCCUAUCGAAAGCUGACAAGUGUUGGCAGCAUUAGAAAUGAGCACUGGCUGCUUCAGGAGGACCUUGGACACCGGGUGUGUUUUUUGCUUGUUUGUUUUGAGACAGUAUCUCACUCUGUUGCUCAGGCUGGAGUGCAGAGGUGCCAUCAUAGUUCACUGCAACCUUGAACUCCUGGGCUCAAGUGAUCUUCCCACUCUGCCUCCCAAAGUGCUGGGACUAUAGGCAUGAACCACCCAACCCAGCUGUGACCUUUGGGUUUAAGUUCAAUUUAGAUAUAAUUCUCUAUGUUUUGUUUUGUUUUGUUUUAGCCUCUGGAUUCAUCUGAGGAAAGUCCAUCUGUGUUUUAAUUUUGAAGAGUUUAAAUAUCAUUUUAUAUGAUGUUUAUUCGAUAAUUCUUCUCUUAAUGGAUAGCAUUAUAUACUAGGUAAUAUCAUUACAGCUAAUAUCAAGUGACUAUUACUGCAAACCAGGCACUCUUCCAAAGCACUCUGAACAUAGUUAACGCAUUUAAUCCUCACACAGCCCGGUGAAUUAGGACCUCUCCCACCUUACAAAUGAGGAAACUGAGGAACUGAGGGGUUAAAUCACUAAAAUGUAACACAACCAUCAUGUGGGAGAGCUAAGAUUUGAGCCCAGGCAGAAGAGUUUUAGAAGCCCUGCUUUAACCAUUACAUGGACAGCCUCUCUUCUAACAGUGUUAAGAAUAAGGUCUUUUACACGAGGGAUCAUUUAGCAGCUGGCGAUGCCAGAAAAGGAAUCUUGUUAUUACAGUCUUCUCCUGGUUUCUUCAUUCCUCUCUGAAUGCUCCUUCUUAUCUCAUUCAGAGGCUCCUCUUCCUCUACCUCAUCACGAAAAGCUGGAACUCCUGAAGGCUCAGUCUUGGGCCCUUUUUUCUCUCACUUUAUUCUUAGUGGAGAUAAGUUCUGACAUCAGAAAUUUCCUCCUGUACAUUUUUACAGCACAUUCUAUGUGCCCAUGUGUUUUUCUUGCUUCCAUCCCAGUCACCAUAAACUCUUUUUUUUUGUGAAUGGAACCGCUUUCCAUUCUUUUACACUAGCCUGGAAGCCAGGAAAAAACCUUGGUUCCUCCUUUUUUUCCUCCCCCUUACAUUCAACUCUGGCAACUCCUGCCAGUUUCCCCUGCUAUUUGUAUUUGUCUGUGUCUGUACAUUUCCAUUCUGAUCUGCACCUCCAUUACCUCUCACCUGUACUACUGUGCAGCCUGCAGCCUCCCGCCAUCCCUCUGGGCCCCUCCAGUCCUCUCUCCAGCUGCAGCAAGAGUGUACUUUCCAAAAUAUCAGUCUCUCUCUCUACCUCUGACACACACACACACACACACACACUCACUCACACACACACACACACUCACUCACACACACACACUCACACACUCACUCACUCUGUAGUCCCUGAUCCUACAGAGCUCAGUCUGCAUGAUCUAGAUUUCGUUUUCCUCCUCAGUGUUAUUGUCUACCAUAGAACUCUUCACUCAUUGACCUUUUGUGUCCUCAAACAUUGUUAUCUUUCUUGACAAAAGGUCUUGGCAAAUGCUGUUCCUGCAGCCUGUAAGAUGCUCUCACCACCCACCCAUUUUUACUGGUAAAGAACUCUGCUAGCCCUUCUAAUCUUGGCCUUUUCUGUCGGGGUCAGAUCUCUGCUACAAGCACUUUGAGCCCAUGUCCUCUCCUGCAUAGCCUGGGUUAGAGGUGGUUGUUUGACAUUGAUGUCUGUGAUCUGUGAUACUUGUCUGUCCUCCCUCAUUAGAUAAUAAAUUCCAUGAAAACAUGAA